GUACUUGUCUAUUGAAUGAGCAUUCUUCAAAGGCAAUGAAUGUUUGGCUUGGGAUAUGUUUCGAAGGCACAGGCCUAGUGAUACUAGCGCAGUUAAGUCUAGGAAGAAGUUUCUAAGCGAAAAAGAAAGUACUCAUAAAAUAAAGCACCUGAAGAUUCUGAUUGAUAACCUACCAGAUGAUGAACUUCAACCAUUUUUCGUUGAAAAUUCGUCUCUAAUAUUCCAAGUGUUUAGUGAUUGUUUCUUUAGUUUAGAGUGGGAUGUCAAAUUAAAGGGAAGCAGUAAUUGCAUUAAAGAUUUAGAGGUAGUGCUUACAGUAUUUGAGAAAGUACUGUUAUUGUUGCCGGAACAUAUUCACCAAAGAUGGCAGCAUAACUGUAUCAUUGAAGUAAUUGAAGAUCUCCUGUACGAAAAGAAUGCGCUCACUAUCCGUAAAAGGGGAAUAAGGCUAUUUUUAAUAUGGUAUCAAAUACUUGGCUUAAAUGCAACAACUGUCUGCCACAGACUUUUCUACAAUCUGGUCCCUGAAUUCGGCCCACUGAUUGCAGAAUAUCAAAAGCGUGAAAAAUGUGAUCAGCGCAAGCACAACAAUCUUCAAGCUAGAAACUUUUCGACGGAUACACGUGGGCAAAUGGUGCAAGAGUCAAAAUCCUCGAAUGUUGUCGCCCCGCGCGAACGUGUCGCACUCCUAACUGCCGCUGCUCUAGGAGAGGAUGAGUCGUUUGACGAUAAAUCCCUAGUCCUGCUUCAGGCACUUCUACGUUUCCUUGUCUCAGAAUCCUUCAAGGUCGAGUGGUCGCAACUUCGGUAUGAACAACAUUUAAUGCAGCUAUGGUUUCUGUUCGAAAAGUUAAAACAUUCGUACCUCCCCGUUAUUUUCCCAUGUUUAUCUCCUUUAUAUUCAAUAUAUUCGCCCUCGAUCUCAUCCCAAGCGAACAACACAGUCCCAUUAACUUCAAAUAUUUUACAGGAUUACCCAAUCCAUCCAUCACGUCUUUCAUACUAUCAGUUAGAAUUCGCCUGCUGGUUGGCAACUUUUGUAUAUACUGGUCCACGGGAAUCAAGUCAUGCUAUCUCUUCAGACGGUGGCUUCGAUUCAAAUUUUACUACCCAUGGUUCUGUAGUUGGUACCACUGGCCCAUCUUUUAACCUGGCUGGCAGUUUCCCAUGGGAUACACAUGGUGAUCCAAACGACUUUCUUCUCUCUCGACAUUUCCGCACAUUUAUAGGUUGUCCUGGACAUGGUGAAUUCGAAUCUGGAUCAUAUUCAAAGGUUAACAGUUACUCCAAACUUUCGAGUUCCCCACCUGUUCAAGCAUCAGUUUAUCUACGAAAUGGCGACGAGAAUUUUGUCCAGGAACCAACUAACCUGGCUGCGCCGAACCUCUCUCCUAAACCAAACAGUUAUCUGCUCAAAGAUACCGCUGUAAUUCCUUCCACUGUUCAAACAUCUCCACUUCCCCAAAAAUUUAUUUUCACUGAACUAUUCUUCAAUUACGAUGAAAAAGUCGUUUCUAUGGUUCAUGAAGUGUUAUAUGGAUGUAGACAAAAUAUUAAUUUGGUACAGGAUAUUUUACACCAGGCAUUACUACUUCCUUUGGAAUGUCACAAAGCUCUUUUCUUUAUCGUUACAGUUUAUGGUUCGUGGUUGGAAAACAAACACAAUCGCCCAAUUUUUAUGCAAGCUUUGGAUAGUCCAAUGAAAAGUAUUAAUCCGCCAGUGAAAUCACAAGUUAACGCAUCUUCAACAGAACACAGUCAAAUGCUUAAAAUGAAUGGCCGUAUAAAUGAUCUUAAACAAAUUCAACGGUCGCAAAUUGAAGAUUAUCCUAUUGAUGUGGCUAAAUCUCAGGAUGAUGUUGGCGUCAAUGAUCCAGAAGAAUUGAAAGGUUGUUUACAGAAUACAAUUCAGAUUAUGCUGGAAAAUAUGGCCAAUAUAUUUUAUGCCAGUAGUUUAAAUCCUGACUUAUCGGAAUCACAAAAUACAAACAGAAUCAGCACAAGUGGAACCGAUUAUACAAAGUAUCAAAUUGAUUUAUGCCGUUUAGUGUUACAGAUUUUUCAGUUUGCUAGUAACAGUAAUGAGUUAACUUCAGAGACCUGGUCUAAAUUAUUGUCCAUCCUAAUGGAUAUAAUGCGCAAAACAAUGGUUAAUACUUCGCCAAAUAAUGUUCAGAAUUACAAAUGGUUAUCAAACAAUAAACUUACACAGAAUCUUUUUCAGACUUUAAAUGGUGCUUUAUUACGUGCAUCUCUAUUUUCUACAAUAUCUUCAGAGUCAUGGGACCAGUGUUUGAAUGUUUACUCUCAGUUAAGUCAUUGGCCAUCACUGAUAAUCGAAUGGAAAAAAGUUAUGCGAAUGUUGACAUGUACAAUGUCUAAAUUGGUAUAUGGUGUAGAUUUGUCAGAUUUACCUCAAGAAAAGAAAGGACCUCGAAUUAAGCGUUUAGCAGGUUCUACUAAUUCAGCUACUAGAACUCGACCUAAAUCAUUGACUGAAGCAGCGUUGAACUAUCAUAAUGACAAUACUACUACUACUACUACUACUACUACUAAUAUUACUGCUACUACUACUACUACUACUACUACUACUUAUAUUGGCAGUGGUUUAGCAACCGUUUUAUCAUCACCUCCUGUGCCUUAUCCUAGUGCAUUAUCGGUUUUAAGUAUUCAUCAAAAUUCACUCGAUGAUGAUAAUUUAGCGUUAAAUACUGACUCCAUUGAACCACAUUUAUCACAGGAGAAUUCACAAAAACAAUUUGCUGCGUAUGGUGAACUGAAAACAUCAAGAAAUAAUAAUAUUAGGCCAUGCAUUGAAAAAUGGACUUUUGAUACUGGAUCCUCUGAAAACGAUGCAUUGGAUAAUAAUAAUAAUGGUAAUGUAAUGCAUAACUAUAUCCCUUCUAAUGUAUCUUCGAUUAAUAACACUCAUGAUGAGUCGAAUUUACAGGUGUUAAGUAAUGAUUUAACAGAGAUAUAUGGUAAUCAUGCUCUGCAUAAUUCACAGUCCAUUUCUCAUGAAUUAUCAAAUCAAAAUGAAUCAAAGCGAUUUAAUGUAACCGUUAAAAGUGAAAUAUCGAUAUCAGAAAGUAGACGUAUGUCAUCUGUAAGACGUGCAACAAGUGAAAUUACGCUGGAGGCUGUUAAGUUUGAUCUCGAUUCACCUCAGAGUCCAUUGACAACUUAUUUCGAUGAAAGUAUUGAUGUGGGGACUUCAAAUAUUCCUAGAUCAUGUGAUAUACUAAGUGAUGAACAUUCCACGUUAGAACCACAUAGCAAAGAAACAUUGACUGCUGUUGCUUCACAAGUAGUUUCCAUUCCUAAUGGGACUUCAAAAUUACCUUCAACUACAUCAAAUGAUCAACUCAACACAGCAGAUCUACCUCGCUGUAUUCUUGCUGGUGGCUCAGCUCUUGGAUGGACUCAUGAAUCAAUUGUUAUUUGUUGGCGUCGAUUUUUAGGUAUUCUAGGCAGUCUUCAUAAAAUUAUUAACCCGACAACAAUGAAUGAUAUAUUCAGCUAUUUAAAUGAAAUGACUUCAUGUCUUUUAAAAAUUAGAGCAUAUCAAAGUGUUCCUUCUGUAACUGAGACAUGUGUACAACCUAUUCCACAAUUUGUACCACCUGUGAAUUUUAUUGCACCAAUAUUAUUUAAUACAAUGAGUCUUUCUGAAGAAUUUAUAGAAGCUAAAAAAAUUGCUAUACGUACACUAUGUGAUAUAGUUGUACGUUCUCAUGAUGGAUGUCCUGACCCAGAAUUAAUUGCUCAUUUUUACCAUCUUAUUCAUCAAAUAAGCGUUGAAAAACAAGAGAACUACGUCUUCGAAGUUAUCCGGUCAUGUAAUAUGCGUUUAUUUGGGUCUUCACUUCCAUCUACACACUUACUCAUACUAGAUUUCUUAAGCGAUGUCAAUGUUGUUUUAUCAAAUCCUAACUGUGGCACGGAAAUUCCACGUUCUGAAGCGAUAUCGAUUAUAUUAUCCCUACUAUGUUAUCCUUAUCAUUUUGAUCGUCUUGAAUCAAUCGAUUCGAUGUCAAUGAAAGCUGAAACUAUUUUGUGUAUAGAUUUAAUGUCAAAAUUGGUUCGCAGUUUAAUACAAGCUGUCUUGUCAGAUCCAUCUGGAGAGGUUCGAUGCCUGGCUAUUACUGGUCUAUCAAUUUAUUGUGUCAUUGAACUAGUGAAUUCAUUCUCAAGGGAAUCAGGAACUGUAUCAUCUGUCAAUUUUACACCAAUGGACGAUUUGUUUUUCGAAUCCAUCAUAAUUUUAUUAGGAAUGAUGCGGUUUCAAAAUAGGGCCGUAUCUAUCGUUGCAGUUGAGAUGAUCAAUACGCUCGCUGAAUAUUGUUGUCUCCUGUUACAUCGUGAUGCGAAAUUACCCUCCCUAGUAUUGUUGUCACUUGCAUGGACUUUAUAUUCUACAUGGGACAAUACAAAUCUUGACAGUAUGUCAUUAACUGAUAAACAGUUCUUUCAUAGUCUUAUUCAAUCAAUUAUCGAAUGGUCUAUCCGUAUACCAUAUGAUCAAUUAAUAAAGAAUUUCGAAAAUAAAUCAGAAUUAAAUUUAUUACCAGCAUCGAAUUUAUUAGAUACAAUAAUUGAAGUGUUAUGCUUUAUUAUAUCGAAUAAUACAAAUUCACAAACUUUAAUGAAUUCAGUACAAAAUUCCAAUUAUCCUCAAUCUAAAAUCUUAUCAAAUAUUAACUUUACAGAUCCCUUAGGAGAAUACAUUAAUAUAUGUAAACAGUCAAUCGAUAUUAAUUUAUUCAGUGCUCCAAAAUCUGAUCUAGAUCUAUCCACAAUGACAGCGAAGUCUUGGAUUGCAGCUAACACUGAGAAUACUAUGAUUCUAUAUCAUUAUAAUGAUGAUAUGAAUCGUGUAAUGGAUUCAGUACGAUUGGCAGCACGAAUGGCAAUGAGUCAUUUACUCAAUCAUAUAGACCAGUUUCCAAUGUCGAAACAGUGUGUACAACUGAAUACAUCCAUACAAGAACGUCAUGAUCAGUUAGCCCAUAGUUUAUCAUCUCAGAAACAAUUCACUACUAACAAUCAUAAUAAUAUGGAUGAUUUAUCCGAAUUAACAGCGGAGAUUUUUGAACGAAAUAAUUUACAAAUAUUUGUGUUAGAUCGUUCAAUUAUUUUGACAUUUCUAUCAUUACCCAUUGUGAAACUUCCUGUCCAAUUGAAAAAUAUCAAUGAUAACGUAUUACCUACUACAGUUAGUAGUGAUAAGGACAAUGCAGAACUACAAGUACUCGAAUUCAACAAUUCCACCUAUUCUUAUCUACCAUUAUCAUAUUUAAAUUCUAACGAUGUCAAAGUGGAUUCGUCAAAGUCUAGUUUAAUAACAGAUAAAUUCUAUACAAGAAUCAUUACACGUGAUCUAUCUGGUAAAUAUAGUUGGGAUGUUUCGUAUUUAUAUGCUAGUCUAGUUGAUAUGAAAGAAAAACAGGAAAAUCAACAAUUGAAUGAUCUUACAAAUACUAAUUUACGAUUGGUUGAUCCUGAUGACUCGAAUUCACACUUGAUCACACGCAAUCCACCACCAUGUCCUCCUCCUAGAAUAAAUCCGCCCCCAUUGACAACUAACAGCUUAACACAAGAUACAAUUGAUCAGCUCGAUCGGCUAAGUGACGUUCUAAGAAAUUUGGCAAUAACUAGUCCAGAAUGUUCAAUUAACUGGUGCACAUCAAAGCUAUGUGAAUAUGAAAAUUUGAAAAAUAUUUCUGACAAAGAAAAAACAGCUUGUUUGAAUAUGGAGAAAGUGACAUGUGAUCAAAUAACUGCUCAAUAUCAAAUAGAUGAAAAUGUGACUCAUCGAAAGUUGCCAGAUAUAGAUGUAUUAUCACUAUAUAACUCUCAUAUAUCUCUACCAAAAACUGGUUAUAGAAAUUCUUUGAAGUAUACAAUACGUUCAUUGAUCAAUGAUAAGAAAAUAAGUGUUCAAGAAUUAGAAUCAAUGAAACAAAAUACUUUACAAUUUUAUAAUUCUCGUCAUUUAUUAAAUCAACUAGGUUAUUUAUCUUGGAAACAUAGACCUACCGUUGAAUUAUUACAAAUAUCUCCAGCUCUUAUACGUGAAUUAAAACAUUUGGAUAAUCUUGGAUCGCGUGAAACCCAUAAACUUGCUAUAUUCUAUGUUGGUUCAGGACAAGAGGAUAAACAGUCUAUUUUAUCAAAUCAAACAGCCAGUUUAGAAUUUGAAAAUUUUGUAGCUGGUCUUGGUUGGGAGGUUGAUUUGCUUAAACACAAAGGAUUUCGUGGUGGGUUAGAGUGUAGUGGACGUGCUGGUUUAUCCACACCAUAUUAUGCAACAUCUACUUUAGAAGUUAUUUUCCAUGUUUCAACAAGAAUGCCUUCAUCUACUCAAGAAGAUUUAAAGUAUAAACAUUUGGGAAACGAUGAAAUUAUGAUUAUAUGGAAUGAGAAUUCACGUGCUUUUAGACGAAGUAUACUACGUACACAAUUCGGCGAUGUAUUAAUCAUUAUUUCACCUUUACUUAAUGGAUUGUUUAAAGUUGAAGUACGACGUGAAGCCCAGGUUGGUUUAUUUGGACCAAUUGUGGAAAAUGCUAUUUUAACUGCGAAUGUUCUACCAGGUCUAGUCCGUGCUACAGCUAUUAAUGCUAGUCGUGCUGUUCAAGCUACUAAACCGGGUUAUCGUCAUCCAUAUGAAGAUCGUGCUUCAAGUCUACGGCAAAUAAUAUCCAAGUAUACAUUGUCAACGUGCUUUGAAGAAUACGCUGAAUCGAUACUUUUGCCAAAUUCAAAAAGUGGUAACUUUUUUGUACUUUUAUAAUAAACACAGUAAUUAUCUUUUAUUUCAUUACCUACGUGUCCAAUGUUUCCAUGGUAACCUAUAUUUCUGUAUAUGUAUUGUUGAAUUGUGUUUACCUCCAUUGUUUCCUAAAAAUGUACGUUUUUAUGUGUAUGAGCCUAUCUCUUUUUAUAUUAAUAGAUGUCCAUAUAAAUAUUUCAUAUGUAAGCUAACAAUAUUGUUCUUAACGAGAUCUUCAUCAGGCUUUAUUCUAGUAUAUAAUGAUAUUUACAUGGAUGUAUGAAAAUAUUCAAUUUGUCUAGGCAGUUUAUAGAGUUAGUGAUAAUAAUGAUAUAGGUUGUAUAUUAUAGUAAAAACUGAUGAGGAUCUUAUUAAAAGCGACAUUGCUUGCUUGUAUGUGUUCUAAUUUACAAUAUAGGAAUUCCUGAUAUUAUAUAUUAGUUCAGCUGUUCAUGGUCAAUGUUUCAAUUUUAUCAGCUAUAGUUCGGUUGUUAUAAUCUUAUGUUAAACUAUACAAUAAAUCUCAUCAAGAAAAAGAAAUCUUGAUUAUGACUAAUCAACAUAAUAAGUUUUUCAUCUUAUGGAAAAUAGAUAUUUCAUUUUUAUUUGAGACAUGCUGAAGCUGUCCAUAUUCUGCCAGUUAGUUUUUUUUAAAGCUUCCUUAGAUUUACGUAUGUUUUAUCUUAAUUUCUUAAUGGUCCUAUUUUUAGCACUAACAAUUUACCACUAAUUCAAAAUACUCUAACAUAAAUCGAUAUCAUCUAGGAAACUGUGUAAAAAUAGUUUUGAAUUUUCCACAUCUACAACUUCUUAUAGCACUGAACCCAGUAUCCUACUAUUUUUCUCGUUAUAUAUAUAUAUAUAUAUAUAUAUAUUAUGGAUGGCAGUAGAGUAUAUGAUGCAUGUUUCAUCCUGUCAGAAACUCAUCCAUUUGAUAAAUUUUUAUCUCAAUGUUAAUGAAUUAAAGCUUAUAAUAAAAGUCCCUAUCAAGGCAGUUAGCCCAAAUUAAACAUAUGCCAACAAAAAAUCAAUUAAAAUUUUAUAAUGAACGCCCUUAUGAUAAAAUAUUUUUUUUUGCGUUUAAUAUGCUUGUGGACUAUUGUGUAGAACUGCUUGUAAAUUAGUUUGUAUUGAGAUUCAAUAGAUCUUAUUCCAAGUGUAAACAAUAACAUGAAGAUAUACUGAAUUUAUUAUAAUAAAACUUAUUUCCAAAUGAUGAAAUCGGUUAUAUGAUAGGUGAUUUUCCCUGAGUUUAUAUAAUGUUCUAUUAAAAUAGAAUGUGGCUAGUGGUGGAAUCUAGGACGCGCGUUUCGUUCUGUUUGGGAGUCAUCAGCUGGAUGUAUUUAACGUAACUGUUUGUAACAUGAAACAUGGAGUUUUUUAUUGGUAUAUUUUCUAAUAGUCAUAGUGAGGCUUCUCGUCGUCACUUAUUCACGUUUACUCAAAGGGUCGUAUCGAGAAAGCUGUAUUCAUCGUUCUUAACUGUAUCAACUUGCUGAAAUCAAAUCAUACGUCACUUGAAUAAAUGUGUACAAGUAAACCUGAUUUCAAAUUAAAUUAUAUAAUAUAUGUAGGGAUCUCCAUGAAAAAUAAUAUAGAUUCAACUUGUAUUUAACUAUUGGUUACCGUGGAAGUAGAAAAUUGUAUUUUUUGUUGAUAAAAUGAAUUAUAUCAAAUGAUUUGUGUGGCGCAUAUAUAUAUUUGGUGCCUCCUUGUAUCAAUGUUUAUGUAUUUAAAUAAAUAAAAUUCUACAACGAUAAUCAGUAUUUCUUGUUGAUUUCAUCUAAUCAUAAUAUUUACAUUAAUUCCUUUUGUUUAAUUCAUACAAUUGCUUUUACUGGUAUAAAUUUUAAUGCAACAGCAUCCUUUUUCAUCUGUUUACCCCAUUAGUUGAAACUACUUAGCUUCAUCCUAUGUAAGAAUUAAAUUAUUUGUGUAUGCAUCUCGUACAGGCUAGGUUUUUUCUGCUUUAUUGUAAUGUGUGUUUAGACUUUUCAUAAAUUCUUGAAUAGGUCGCUUCAUUUAUUUAAAUAAAUAUCUGUUGAUUGUUCGCCAACAUCAUGCAUGCAUUAAUGAUGAUCAUCUAUUGCCUUCCAUCAAUAUUAUUGUAACUAUCAAUUUUUGUCUGUUCAAGCGUAAAAUUACUAAAUUUCUCUGCAUAUUUCAAUUGCUUCUUAUUGAUCUGUAGGCUCAAUUAUGUCAUUGGAACAAGUAAUUACUCGCCUGCAUGAGGAAGUAAAACGUUAAACUCCUACUACUAUAAUUACUUCUAUUCUAAGUAAAUUUAGUGAGUGUGCACAAUUUCGUAUUCGUCAAUGGUCUAGUUGUUCAUCAUUAUGUAAUGUAGCUGUAAUCGUGGUCUCUGUUAGCUUAGUGUUAUUCUGUUUAUUUUUUCCAACAACUUUUCACAUACACUUGCAUCUUGUUUUGUUUAUCAUGGGUUUGGUUAGUUUACACUUGUAUUUAGAAGCAAUUUAGUCAUUUUUUCUUACUGUUAUGUUAUAAUUGCUACUAUAUUUGUGAUUAUUUUUGCUUUCAUUUUGCUGUAAAUUUCUGUUGUUUCUUGGUUUGUGUUUUUUUUUGCAUGUACUUUGUCAUUGUCGCCAUCAUCAUCGUUAUUUUUAUUGUUGUUUGUAUUGUUUGCUUAGCUGUAUAAUUUUGUAUGGUUUGAAAUUGUUCAACAUUUUUUAACUUAUCAAUUAAGUCAAUCACUCUGUUUUCACUCCUUUUCAGUGCAGCGCAAUCAGUCAAAUUUAUCGUUGAAUCGAGGUGUAGUCAAUAAAUCAGGCGGUGUAAAAUUUUCUGCUGUUCCUCCCAUUACACAAGAAACUUGUCAUAAUUAUUCGCAAAACUCAACUUCUGAUCUUGUUCCUAAUGAUAUAACUAAUAAUAAUAAUGCUCUAAAACACACUGAUGAUGUUGUACAAACACCUAGUGUCCGACAGAGACAACAAAUCGUUCCUGUGUCUUCACAUCGUGCAACAAGUGCACAUUCAAGAACAUCAUCAGUGACUCGUGCUAAAAGUAUGUUUACGCGGCAUCAUGUUGAUAAUUUAACCACCAAACCUGUUUCUGUAAUUUCUCAACCUUCAUUGAAAACUAAUUCUACAACACUACAUCACCAUAACGAAACUCCUGAUAUGUAUAAAGCAAAUGUGUUUAAUUCAGUACCUAGUCCACGAUUGUUUCGAGGAUUAAGAUCUCGUCAACAUAGUGGCUCCAAUAAAUUAAAUUAAACAAAACAUGUCCUUUGUCAUAUUGCCUGUUUGUGACUUGUUUAUCAUAUCAGCAAAUUUUUCUCAUUUUUUAUUAUUUUUUAUACUUUCUUUCUGAUCACUUGUGUGUAACAACUAUUAAAAGAACCUUUUUUGUUUCAUCACGUGAAAGAUUUUACAUUUGAUGCUCUUUAUCACAGUUUUAUGGUUUUCUUAUUCUAAAUACGAUAGUUACCAAAAAUUACAAUAUUUGUAAUAGUGUAUAUAAUGUUGUUUUCUUUGAAUUUUGUUUGACUUCAUGAUUAUCAUCAUUCACAAUAAUAGCUUCUACUACUGA